CAGUCCAUGGGGUCGAAAAGAGUCGAACAUGACUGAGCGACUUCACUUCACUUGAGUGGGUCAGUAGGCAGAGUGAUGCAAAAAGUAGUGAUAAUGUUUGCUCACAGCUAAUAAAGCAGUUUUAUGUCCAUAUUCAUUUGAUUUCAAAACCCACUGUAAGUUGGGCAGGGAAGGCAAGAUUGUUUUUAUUUUGCAGUCUGAAAACUGAGGCUCUGUAAACUAGAGUCACUUAAGCUAAGACAAAGAUUGAAAUGAGAUUAAAAGUCCAACUCUCCUUAAAAACGAGACCACUCUGCAAUCAGGUCUGAACACAGUCAAAACAUGAACAUUCUCCAAGCCAAAAAUCCCCAGUAGCCCCUCCUCCAGCAAAUAUGAAUGACUGCUACUUCUUUACUUAUUAGAGCUUUAGCCUCUGUUGUAGUCUUCUCUGCUUCUAGAUAAAAUGGAUUAGAUACCCAAUUAUAGAAUUGCCCUAAUUCCUAACAGCACCCAAUCCAGAGCAAAAUCCCAUUUCUUUAAAUCCUUUCAAAAUUUCUUAACAAAAGCCUAAUUUUAUAACAAAUCCUUUCUGCUAAGUCACUUCAGUCGUGUCUGACUCUGUGCGACCCCAUAGACGGCAGCCCACCAGGCUCCCCCAUCCCUGGGAGUGAGGGUGUUAGGUCACUUUACUCCUACUGUGCCUACUGACUGAGGCACAGAUAGGGAUCUCACACAGAAAUGAAAGUGAUCCUUUUGCCACCAGGAUAAAAACUAAACUAAAAUAAUAUUUUAAUUUCAGGAAUUGUGGAAAAUGGAAGGUAAAAGAUUGUUGGUGAUGGUGGGAUAGGUAUUUAAAUAGGGAAAAAUCUGGAUGUGGCUGGGGCUUCGCCGGCCUCACUAUGUCUGCCAUUUUCAAUUUUCAGAGUCUGUUGACUGUAAUCUUGCUGCUUAUAUGUACCUGUGCUUAUAUCCAAUCCUUGGCACCCAGCCUCCUGGACAGAAAUAAAACUGGGUUGUUGGGUAUAUUUUGGAAGUGUGCCAGAAUUGGUGAACGGAAGAGUCCGUAUGUUGCAGUGUGCUGUAUCGUGAUGGCCUUCAGCAUCCUUUUCAUACAGUAGCUUGGGAAACUGCCAGAAUUCUUCAGUCACCAUCAGAUUUAAAUAUGACAAAAAAGGACUGAUCUGCCAAAAAUAGUGGAAAGAAUGGUUAACCCUUUUAUCUCUGAACAUUGAAUGAGCUACACUUUCAGCUGCUGUUCUCUAUUUUUGUUAUUGGACCGAUGUUCUAUAUAAAUAAUUAGGAUGUAACAUUUAAUACUCAGAGUUGAAAUGUGUCUGUAACAAUCAACCUCAGUACUGUCGCUACAAUAUUACCUUCUGCAUAUGUCAUUCUGUUGUGCUAGAUACCAGUUUUUAGUGAGGUAUCUUUAAGGCACAUAGUAGAAAACAAAAUUGGUAAAUUAUUCAAGUUCCUUUCACUGUGAUUUGGAAAUGAUAAAUCUUUAUAGAGUGAGACCUUUUUUUCGGACUAGCUUUUUUAUUGGAAAAAAAAAGGUUCAAUUUGUGUUGGUAAGGAUUGCAUUCAUAUUUAAUAAUGCUGGCUUUUCCUCUGGCCAUACCAUUUUGAGCAUUAACCAGAGUACCUCUACUCUUAGCAAUCUGUAGUUUAUUACAGGUGUAAACUAUUUAAAACAAGCCUAUGUAGUUCACAAGGAGGAAGAUAGAUGUGACUUAAGAGAAAAUGUUAAGACUAUUGAGAAAAUGCUCCUAUUUAACAUAAAAUAAUUCAGAAUACCUGACUGGUGUUAUUAUCUCUGAAACCUCUGGUUAAGUAUGGAUAAAUGUCUUAAGCAAAAAUUUGACCAGCUGUCAUUCUCCAAAUAAGACUACAUGCUUAGAGUAAAAAGAGCUAAACUGAACAAUUACAGAAUGAUAAUCUUG